UAUUUAUGCAGGUGGGAGUUUGAGUGUGCCAAGUUGUACAUUUAAAUAACAGUCUUAGAUCUGCACUAAUUCUUAAAUAUGUGAAAACGAGUUUUUGAAUUUGUUACCUAGGGACAAGGGAAAUCCUCUAGUCAGCAUAUUAGAACAUACAUAGGGAAAGAUGAAGGAAGAUAAAGAUGCUAGGUGGUUCGAGCUCGAAUGUGUACCUAAGGAAUACAUAUUCCCAAUGGAAUAUAGACCCCAAAAUCUUGAUAGUCCUGUUUGUGAUUCGAUUCCUGUUAUAGAUCUUGCAAAAUCAAAGGCUGCAAAUGGACAUAAUAGCCAACCAGUUGAAGAAAUCUUGAAGGCUUCUCAAGAAUUUGGUUUCUUUCAGGUGAUAAAUCAUGGAAUGGCAGAAAAGACGGUGACGGAUGCAAUUAAUGUUCUUAAGGAAUUCUUUGACAUGCAAGCCAAAAAUACAACUGGCACUGUCCCACAUACAAAAGGUUAUAUUUACACAAACAGCACCGAUUUCGCGAAAGAUGGUGUGCAUUUAUGGAGGGAAAAUCUUAAGCAUGCUUGUCAUCCAUUGGAGGAAUGCGUUCGUCUAUGGCCAGAUACACCAACCCGAUAUCAGGAAGUAAUUGCAGCGUAUAUAAUAGAAAUACAAAAAUUGAGUUCAAGGAUUCUAGAGAUGAUUUGUGAAGGAUUAGGACUUAAACAAGGCUACUUCAAAGAUACAAGCGAAGUUCAGUUAUUGUCAUCUAAUUUAUACCCACCCUGCCCGGACCCGAGUCUUACUUUGGGCAUAUUAGCACACUAUGAUCCUAGUCUUCUAACCAUUCUUUAUCAAGGGGGUUCAACUGGUCUUCAGGUUAUGAAAGAUGGUCAAUGGGUCAAUGUUGGAGCCAAUCCUAAUGCUUUUGUUGUUAACAUAGGUAACCAACUGGAGAUAAUUAGCAACAGGAAGUUGAAAAGUGUUAAACAUCGGGUGGUGAACAAUACACAUGAGACAAGACGAAGCAUUGCAACGUUUGUGAACCCGUCUCCCGAUUGCAUCAUUGAACCGGCAAAACACUUGGUGAACGAACUGGAACCAUCGCUUUACCCAGCUAGUCAAUAUAAAGAUUAUGUUCUCCGCAACAAAGCAUUUGGUGACUACACCGCUGCCAUCCAGAAUGCUCUGCGUUAAAAAAGUUGAACAACAGUUGUUUACAGUUAAUGCUUAAUAGUAUAAGUAAUAUUGUGGUCCUUUUAUAUAACUUGAUAAUAUGUUGAUGAUAAUACAUAUCAUAAAGUUUGGUUAAUUUUGUUAUACUUUUUGCCGUUUAAGCUGUAACUUUUGUGUAGUGUUCAAUAAUCAAUUAUACCAUAA